CAGCCUCGUUGCCACCAACAUGUUCAUCUUCAUCGGAGAGACGCUUCUGUCAGUAAAUUUCACCCUCAUAUCUGACAUUAUACUAAAAGUAGUAACUCCGUGGAGGAGAUCUUCAGCCCUGGCUGUGCAGAUGACAAUCUAUCACCUCCUAGGUGACGCCGGCAGCCCGUACCUCAUCGGCCUGAUAUCUGACACCUACGAACGAGGAUAUGCCAAAUCCCCUCUUCUGAAAUACCGCAGCCUGGAGUAUGCCCUCAUGACCUGCACCAUAAUGGCAGUCACCGGAGGGGCCUUCUUCAUGGCCACGGCCCUAUAUAUAGAGAGGGACGAAAAAGAAGCAGAGAUGGAAUCAGAACCUCCGUCAUCCUCCUCCUCCUCACUGCUUCCUGCCGAUGAGGACCGCGCUUCAGACUGAGGAAAAGUCAUUGCUUACCUUUAUCUCGUUUACUUCAUUAAAAAAAAUU